AUGGCCGCUGCUAAGGAAGGAGAGGAAAAGGUGGAAGUCCUCAAUUAUAAGGACUCGUUCCAUCCUUGCCACGUCUUGGAGACCCUCAAGAGACUUUAUAUGAAAAAAGAACUUUGUGAUGUGGUGCUUGUUGUAGAUGAAGAAGAAAUCAAAGCUCACCGCGUGGUUUUAGCGGCCAAUAGUGCUUACUUCUAUUCAAUGUUUACAACGGACAUGUGCGAAAGUGUUCAGAAAAGGAUCUCCCUCAAAGGUAUAGAGUUCGAAGCUGUGGAGCUUUUAGUCAACUUUUGCUACACUUCGUCAAUAAAGAUUACGGAAAAAAAUGUGCAGAACCUUUUGUCCGUGUCGAAUUUACUACAGUUCAACACAGUCAUCGAAUCGUGUUGCGGGUUCUUGAAGAACCAGCUGCACCCCUCGAACUGUUUGGGAAUUGGUAAUUUCGCCGACCAUCAUGGCUUUUCUGAUCUUCAAAAUGCCGCCCAGUGCUACGCUGAAAAACACUUCCUUGAGGUAAUCAAGUCUGAGGAAUUUCUAAACGCGACGUUCGAACAAAUUGCAGCCAUGUUGAAAAGUGAUUACCUAGAUAUAGCGAGCGAAAAAGAGGUUUUCGACUCUGUUAUUCAAUGGAUUACACAUGAUGAAUCAAGGAGGAGGCGACAUUUGCCGGAAUUUCUUAAAGACAUCAGAUUGACGUUGCUCCCGCCAAAAAUUUUAGGUAAGCAAGCAUUAACUCACUAAAUAUCUGAUAAGUAAUAACAAGGUUAUGUUAAAUAAUUAACAAAAUAAAAUAAUAAUAAUAAAAAAAAAUUUACUCACUUAUUUUGUUUAUUUUGUCCUGCCUGAGUGAACGUGUCUUUUCCGGCUUUCUCACAUGAUCGAUUUUUGAACUUCAAACUUCUCAGUCUAUUUAAAAAAGCCAUUUCAGUUGAAAGUUUCAAAAGAGCAGAUCUUUCUUUUUUUAUAUUUAGGUGAUUAUUAAUUUUCUUCAGAAAAUGAAACUCUCAUGACUUGAAUAAAUAUUGAAAAAAAUUAUGUUUCGGAUCAGAAGUUACACCUUCUGCCCACAAAAGUGACGCUUGAUGUUACAAAGAUUUUCACUUUUCUUUGCUACUUGAUCUUGAAAAGUGAAAACUGACAAAAAGCAUAGUUGUUUGCAAAGGUGAGUGAGAAAAGGAAGUAAAUGAGAAAUUGUUCCCUUAUAUUAAAUAUUAUAGUUUGUUUACAUUUAAGCACUGAACCGAAUACACCUAUUAUUGAUAUCAGGACAUAAUAAGUUACUGUAAAAUUAUAAUAAAUUAUAUUCAAAUAUCACUACUGAUACUAUAAUAAUACUGAUACAAUAAUUCAUCAUUUUACCCUCGACUAACUGUUAGGCAAGGGUGAAGAAUGUCAAGUAGAUUCCAUUGGUUUUUAUGACGCCUCCUCACCCACUCCCACACUGGGAAUAUUUCCAGGAAAGGUUCAUGCCAGACUAGGUUCCACAGAGGUUCCAUUAUUACCUUUCGUGGAGUGGGUAUAGAUGACUUGUCAAAUAAAAAAAAAAUGUGCUUAUUUCCUUAUCUGACAAAAAUAAUGAGACAUGUACACACAGGCUGCAGACAGUUAUCAUCUAUAAAUUAAUUUCUAAGUGAGUCCAUCCACCCACAUAUAUACAUUUUUUCUAAUAAUUAUAAAAUUGUUCCAGGUAAUUUGCCUUCAACCCUCUUCCCACUUCCAAGAUAAAGUUCAUAGUACUAUAAAUCCCAUCCACCUCAAAAGAAAAAAAUAGAAAGUUUCUGCAUGCAUUACUUGUUAUUUGUCAUUUCAGUUGACUGUAUAGAAAGUGAAAAGCUGGUUGAAAGUAAUGAUACUUGCAUGAGGUUAAUCAGUGAAGCAAAGAACUAUCAUCUGCUACCUGAGAGAAGAGAGAAAGUGCCCUUUGUCUCCCAGGCGAGGCAAAAGGCACAUGGAACAAUGAUAUAUAUUGUUGGUGGUGAAAUACACAACAGAGUGUUCAACAAUGUUAGGAGAUUCAAUUUUGAGACCAAUGUCUGGGAUGAGGUGGCCCCAAUGAACAAACAUCGUGAUGGUGUAGGGGUGACAGUUUAUAGUGGACAUAUAUAUGCUGCAGGAGGUAAGAUUGUUCCAAGACUUUCUUAGGGAUUCAGAUACUCCAUCCUCUUUAGGCUAUUCUCCACAACAGCUACGUGAGGGGAGAGGGAGCGCCUGCCAGGUGCUCUCUCUCCCUUAGCAUGUCUCCCUUUGACACAUGGUAUUUGCAGCUUUCAUCUCAAAACUUUGUGGUCAACCAAACAUGAAUGCUACCGGCUAUGUAGAUCACCAUGAUCAAUUCUCAAGUGUGAAAUGUCUGCUAUCUCUUCGCCCUACCCUACUGAGGGGCAAGGGAACAGUUGACACUUUGAACUAGUAAGACCUCUAUUCCAAAAAAUUUCCUGGACAUAAUUUGGGAAUUUUUAGCUGAACAGUGUGUAAUAACAAUUUUUUAGACUAACCAAUUCACACCAUACUAAAAUAUUUCUCAAGGUUGUGACGGCGAUGUAGCUCUCAGCUCUGUCGAAUGUUAUCACCAGGCUACAGACAAGUGGACAUACGUUCAACCCAUGGCAUGUGGAAGACAUGCCUUUGGUCUGGUAGAGUUGGAUGGUUGGCUCUAUGCAUCAGGAGGCAGUGAUUUCUCACGUUCUGAAUACAACAGUUUGGAACGCUAUGAUCCAGUCAAGUUAGUAUCAUCACAGGGUUCAUGGGAACAUGUAACUCAAACUUACAAUAUACUGUUGUGCCUUUACUUUGAAAAAAAAAAAAGAAAUGAUUACACAAAAUGUUACUCUGAGCAACGCAUCGGAAGGAAAACACAAAAAGUGGAGCAAAAAUGUAAAUUGUAAUUUGUUUACCCAUCGAGCACAAAGGAGUUCAUAAGAACUCGUUGAAACGUGUCCGUGCGUUCCAGAUCAAAUUGGAAUUUGAAAGUGUUGGUUUUAGGAGAGGGGAAAACCAGAGUACCCGGAGAAAAACCUCUCAGAGCAAGGGACAGAACUAACAACAAACUCAACACACAUAUUUGUCUCAUUCUUAAAUAGGGUCAGGGUUUAAGAUGCUGGGUGGCACACAGCCAUCCAAAAUUUAUGAGAGUACCCCCUCCCCGAGGUUAUGUCUAUUAAGUCAAGGGAUUUAAGUGGGUGGGGGUAUGCAUAACAUAGCUGACUGUAAUCCUCAGGGUUUCAACUUAUUGAUGAAUGAUUUGACUAAAAAUACUGGAAUCCUUCAGUAUAUUGUUUUCUUCUUCAAAUUAUGGCUGCUACAUCACUGGGAUUAGAAAAGAUCGAGAAAGACGAGAGGAAUUUUUGUAGAAGCAGUCAAAUGAUUCCACCUUGAUCACUGCUUAUCACUACCCUGUGGGAAUCUUUGUGCUUUGUCUUACACUAGUAAGGCUUUCUCAGUUAUUUAGUGCUCGUGGCUGGGCUUCAAGAAUUGCUCAUGUGGCUCACUGCAUUUCUUUGAAAAGUGCUCACCCACAUUGCCAAACUAAGAAACUAAACAAGUUCUUAGGACUUUCCCCCUCUCCCUUUUCUAGAUGAUAAGGAUAUCAGAAAGACUGUACAGGCUCUUUCUCUUCUCAUAUUGUUAAUCUGUUUAAAAAAGUUAGCUCAUAUCAUCUCCUUCUUCCUGUCCUUGCAUAUUGAAAUAACUUGUUCUUUUAAUUUUUCCAUUUUGUUGAUAAUUGCCCCACCCACCCUUUUGUUAGAAAUUGCCCUGACACUUAAUUCAAGUGGUUAGAUGAUGCAAAAGUUAAACUUUUUUUCUGCUCAGAAAAAUAUAAUUUGGGAAUUUUCCACAAAUUUUCAAGGCAGACCAUUUUUAUGAGAAUUUUCAGGGCUGUCAGUAAGACUUCUAGUUUCCAGGUAUUUAUGUUACAGGUCAAAAUUAAAUCCAGGUUAAAAUUUGUUAACUUAUGUUGAUCAACAAUUUCCUUUGUCUCCUAGCCUUAAUUAUUCAUCAAUUAGGGCUAGGAGACAAUUAAGGUAAUUGAGAAUCAACCUAGGUUAAAGAAUUUUAACCUGAAUUUAAUUUUGGCUAGUAACAUAUACAUUAUUAGUAGGUGAGGAGGUUUUUUUGGGUACAUUUUUCUUUUGUUUCCUAAUUAUGAAAGUAGCCAGGGGUCAUCCUCAUAGUAACUGGGGGAAAUCCCCAGUUCCAUGCCCUUAGUGACAGCCCUGAUUCUCAUAAUUAUACUAUUUCAUUCAGUCUUUAUUGCACCAGUAAUGACCACAGGCUAAUACCUCUUUUCAGAGAUGUAUGGACUCACAUGAAACCCAUGAGCACAAUGCGAGAGGAGGUUGCUAUGGUGACCCUAGAUGGAGCUAUUUAUGCCAUUGGAGGUGACAAUGGGGUAUCCAUACUUAACACAGCUGAAAGGUAUGAUCCAAGGCUAGAUCAAUGGAGUGCUUGUGUUCCCAUGAGUUACAGAAGGAGAUACUUUGGAGCAGCAGUACUAAAGGGCAAGAUUUUUGUUCUUGGAGGAAGCGACUAUGAUGAGGAUCACAAUUCUGUGGAGUGCUUUGAUCCUCGAAUGAACAGGUGGCUAUCACUUCCUCCCAUGUUGACGCGCCGUGAAAGCCCAGGUGUUGUAGCAAUUGAUGACAAACUAUAUGCUAUGGGCGGUGCUUGCGUGAAUGUUGAAACAGAGCAGAUUGAUUGUUAUGAUCCUUUAAGUAACAAGUGGGAGGAGUUUACACCACUGCCAUUAGCCAUAGAAGGAAUGGGUGUAGCUGUAAUGUGA